AAUCAGUAUGACUCAGAUCACCAAGAUAAUGAUUUAGAUUUAUUUGAUCAAGAAACAUUUAAAACUACACUAAAUCAAAUGAUCGCCAUGAGGAAUAUAAUGGAAAAAAAAGCAAAAAAAAAUAUAGAUGAAGCACAAACACGUCAACGUUAUUCUUAUUCUAAACGUCAUAAUACGGGUCACAUAUUCCAAGAAGGUGAUAAAGUUUUCGUCAGAAACUUGUGUAGGGAUGACCGGGAAAGGUGGUUGGCGUCAGAUACCGUGGAAUGGUCCAUAUGAAAUAGUAUCUAUUCACUCUGGGCAAUAGGUACAUGUGUAGGUACUCAAAAAUGAGUUCAAAGUCUUGAAAAAAAAAAUUCAUUUGAAAAAUUUAAAAAUGUACAAUGAACCCGAUGGAAAAUAAAACGGAAGAAAAAUAUGAUGCUGACAAGUCUGGAAGCAAAAGUAGCGGCACUGACAGUUUUAAAGAUGUCGAUAAUUUGCAGGUGAAGGAUAUUGUAUAUACCAAAUCAAAGCUGGAUGAGUUGAAAGAUAAACAAGUAUUUAAUCCCGUGACGAAGCCAUGGCAGUUGAGACAGAACAAGAUUUUAAAUCUUAAAAUAGAAAAGAAUUUGAUUUAUAAAUACCGUGGAAAAAUUCUCGGAGAGCCAACAAAAAUCAUAAAUAUUAUUGGUGAUGGUAAUUGUCUCUAUAGGUCUUUAUCUUACUGGAUAACCGGAACAGAAGAUCAUCAUUUGAAAAUACGAAACUUGAUUGCUGAGGUAGUGAAGUCAAAUGAAAACAUUGAAAAGUAUGUUGGAGGGAAGAAUAAACUUCUUCAAUAUCUCGAAAAAAAUAUAGAAAAUGACCAUAAGUAUUAAAAUUAUUUAUUAUAAAAAUUAUAUAUUUACUAAACCUACACAACUGAAAAAUUAUAAUUAACAUUUCUGAUUUUUAGGUGUAUGGGGAACUGAUGUCGAAAUAUUUGCUGCUGCUUUUUUACUAAAGACAUCAAUUUAUGUUUAUUCUACAGUGACAAAUAAGUGGCAAAUAUUUAACAAAUAUAUGGACUUAAACAAAAAAGUCAUGACGAAUGAAAAGUGCAUUUAUUUAAGAAACAUCAACAAUGUACACUAUGAUGUCGUUAUGGAUGUAUAAUUAUGUUAUUUAUUACAUAAUAUGAAUAUUACAUAACUUAUUUUAUUAUAUUUAUAUUUUAUAUUUUAAAACAAUUGAGUAGAUUUCAGAAGUGUUGGUAAGGUCAGGUGGGGUAAGAGCCUAAUCUGUUUAUAAAAAAUACAAUCUUUCAAUUUUAAAGUUGAUUUCAUGAAGAUCACGAAGUUUAAUAGUAAUUGAAUGUUUUAUGAUGUUGGUUACACUUUAGGAUAUUAAACACAGCAGUUAUACAAAAAGUUAAUCAGUUAUUUACUCGUAUUUUUUUAAAUCAACGAUAAUUCAACUAGUUAACCCGCCUAAAUUGCUCAAAAUAAUUUCAAAUUAGGUAAAUAAAUGUUAUUUAACAUUUAUGACACUAUUUAAUUUAUGAAUUAUGAUAAUUGUAUUACACAAAAGAGCAUUAGCCAAUUAUGAACUUUCCCCGUGUAAAGUUCCACACGAGUCAUGAUGACAGAUGACGAGACAGUGUGACAUGCAGAUUUAUGGGGAAAGUACGACAUGUCUUAUUUUGUUAAAUAGUUAAAAAGAUUUUAUAAACAUUGUGUGUGAUUAAAAUAUUUAUGAGUUACAAAUAUUCAUCUUUAAAUAUGUAAAUAGUUGACAAUUAAACUUUGAAUGUGUUAACAUUAUAUCAACCAAAACUUAAAAUAACUAAUACCUAUGUAUUAACUAUACAUUCAAAAAACUGAUGUCAGUCAAAUCUUGAUAAAAUUAAAAUAAUUGAAUUCUUUCAACGGAAUUUCUUAGAAGAUUUUUAUUGGUUUAUGGCACUUGCCCCGGCCAAGGAGUAGCUUGUAUCAAACUGUAUUAAAGUACCAGUUUGCACUCAAGCCGGUAGCAUUUUUUUUUUUUUUUUUGAAUAAUUUUUUUUUGAAACGAAAAAAUUAUCAAAACACUUUUUUGAAUACAAAAUUGAAUUCCUGAAACGUUCAUUAAUGGAUGAUAAAAAACUAUGUUCCACGUAAGAAUACAGAAAGAUGGUAUGAUCCAUUAAACUGAGAUUUUGAAAAAUUGGAAAAGGGUAUAAUAAUCACCUGCUACAUAACUUGGUUCUUACAUAGAGUGGUUAUGAACCUCAGGAGAUUAAUUUUAUACCCCCGCGGUUAUAUAAUUGAGGGGAUAACAAUCGUAAAUAAUAAUAUAUUAAUAAAUAUAAAUAAUUAAUAAAUCCCCCCACCCCAUCAUUUUUACCUGUUACUGUAGGCGAUUAUUACCUCCUCCACAAGUAAAAAUGUUGGGGGGGUAAUAAUUUUACCACAGGCGAUUUUUACCACAGGUGAUUAUUACCUCCCUGGUAAUAAUAUUGAAGGGGGGUAAUAAUCUCCUGCUACUGUAGGCGAUUUUUACCACA